CAUUUGACAGCUCGAUGUUUUUGACAAACAUGAUCGGGCAUAACCUAAAAAGCUAAAAACACCGCGCUCUGUUAAACAUAGUAAACAAGUAAACAUUCAAAGUUAAUAAAUAAAACAUAUAAAGCUUUAUUUUUAUACUGAUUUGAAGUAUUAUCAAGGAAGUACAGGUCGUAUACCGUCUUUACCCGUUAGAAUCCUCCCAGAAGAAGCUCUUCUACUAAUAAACAAAGAAAUUGCUUCAAUGAAAGUCAUAGAAAUCGACAGAAGCAACUCGGAGGAGUUCAAAAAAUUUCAACAGUCCCUAUUAGCAGCUCAAGCAGUUGAGUAUAAAAAGGCUAGAAAAAAGCAGUUGGAGUCCAUUAUAGAUAAAAUUGUUGAAGGGAGGAGGAAAUAUGAUGAUUUUAGGGAUGCUGAAGAAAUUCUGAAUGAAGAACUGGAAAAAUCAGCCACCAUAACAGACUCCAAUAUGUUAUGGCCAACGUUUCUUACACUGCAGACAGUACUUCCUUUUAAGCUAAAAACUCUUAAUUACAAGGACAUCUACCUCAACUACACCACUGAAUUAAAAUAUGCUGUUUUUAGUGAUCUAUGGAAUAGAGGAUACUACAUAACAGAAGGUGUGAGAUUUGGUGGAGAUUUUUUAGUAUAUUUUGGUGAUCCAAUUUGUUACCACGCAGUUUUCAUAGUGAAAUGUGUUACUGAUAGUGAAUCAUUUUCAUCCAGUGAACUUGUGGCACAUGGGAGACUAGGGACUAGUGUUAGGAAGAGAUUUGUAUUGGCUUCUGUUGUGGAUGGAACAGUUUGUUAUGUUACUGUUAGCUGGAUAGAUGCUUAAAUAUACAGGGUAUACAAACAUAUAUGCCAGAUGUUUUAAAUACCCUCACCUUUGGUAUCUUGGGAAUGAUAGAUACAAAAUCCGUAAAUGGCGGCAGAGCGGCACAUUUACGUAACUAAGAAAAUGGUGCAAAUCUGUUGAGUUGAUGAUGGGCAAAACUUCAUAUUGAAAUUGCAAUGAUGUCACCCUGUAUGGGCAAAAGCAUGUUGUUUUUAUUGUGCGAGUCUUUUUGAACUCGCAUAUCAAAUAGUGCUAUCAAAAACUGAAAACGAUUUUAGAAAAAAUAUUUUUUUUUGUAAAUACACUGUUUCGAAACUUUUUAAGAGCUAUCCCAUAAGCUCUCUGCUCCAUAUUAAUGGCUUUGCAUGACUUUACUUUUCAAAGUUAGCAAUAGUGGGGGUCGAAUAUGACGCAUCCGGUAUAAGUUUGAAAAGUUUCUAUUUGUCAGCAAUACUGCCCCUGCAUGAAACAUUUUUUAGAUGCCAUAGGGGUCAUGCGAUACCCUAUUUUGAAGUUAUAUAUAAAUAUAAAAUCAGCCAGUAGUCAAAAGGCUAUAGUAUAUCUUUCUGCUUCCCCUGGAAUAAUUUAUGCAAAUAAGUAAUAAGUCCCUUAUGGCCCACAUACUCUAGGGUGUUGAUGAUUAGUUAUUGGGUUAUAAGGAAUUCAAUACACAAAGACAUUUAACCCUCAUUUAUUUAUAUUGUUGGGUUAUAAAGUACCGAUAAGAAGUUUCAAAAUAAGAUAUCACAUGACACCCCACUCAAUUCAAAACAAUGUUUCAAGAUGGUGCCCAGCCGCCAUCUUGUAAUUUCCAACUCUCUUACAUUAAAAUAAAGUACUCGUGCGCUAAUUUGAUCACCCCAGAUUGACCUGUUCAAAAAUAAGUGUAGAGAGGGACCUUCUUGGAUAGAACUGUUUAUUUCUAGUACGCUUUUUCGCGACUGAAAUUCUUUCCCGAUUGAAAACUUCUUCAAUAAUUCUUCUUUAAUUGCACAUUAUAUUUAUAUAAAGUUGUUAUAUGUAUAAUAUUGGUACUAAAAUUUUUUUAGCAGGCUAUCGGACGUCAUCAAGUUCCUAAGUCACUAUUAUGUAUUAUUUGUACAUAAUUUGUCGACUGUAGAAUUGCAUAUAGAUAAUAGAUAUAAAUAAAUCGGUUUUACAAUUUUUUACUAUACAUGUUCAGAGAAUUAUAUUAGUGGUAACUUGUUUUUAUGACAAUUGCUU